AUGAGGCUGUUCUUCAAGCUCUUCGCCGUCUUGGCCAUCAUGGCUGCUCUGUCGGCCACAAAUGUGCCGUCGCCAGUUGGUGUGUGGGCGAGGACGCCGGGGAGAGCGCCACCUUCGCCAACGCCGUCCGCGCUCAGGGGUCGCGUGAAGCCGAUUAAUCCCGCGCCACAGCCUCCGCCACCAGCGGAGAUGGGUAGAGUGCGGCCAUUGUGUUCACCGCCUCCGCGACCAUCACCAAAUCACCAGCGAAGCGUCGGCUCUACGCACUUUCCUCCACCACCAUUACGGUGCCACUAG